AAAUUAAGUACCAAAUAAAAGUUAAGAUUUUAAUAAACAAACUAGCUCGAACUCGACUCGGCUCGUUAAUAAACGAGCUGAGCUCAAACUGAGGUAAAACUCGACUCGACUCAUUUGGAGCCCUACUCACCACUCCACUCCAUGGCAAGCCACAAAUACGACCAUACCAUACCAAAGCAAAUAGACAAACACCACCAUUCUCAUUUAUCCACUGCUUCCCAGCUGUAUCACCACUGCCUUCCUGCGUUGCUUUUUUCGUCAUCCUCCACACCGCACACUCAUAAAACGACAACGCAACCCACCUCCCCACUCACUCUCAACUCACUCCUUUUUCCUCUCCACCCCCAACAACGGCUAAACUACAUCUCCUCCCCAUUUCCCAGAUCCAAACGCAUUUCUCUCUCUCCCUCCCCAGUUACAGAUCCACACAUUUGUCUUCAUCGCAACAUUAAUAAGUUAAUCCUUCAAUUAAUCAACAUUACUUGGCUGCUUAUUAAUUCCAAAAAUAACAACCAGCAUAAUCAUCAUCAUUGCCACAACGACAACAGUAAUCAAUGAUAAAUCAUAUCAAUAGUAAUAUAAUCAUAAUAAUAAUAAUAAUAAAUAAACAGUCCUGCUCAACAAUAACCAAACCCAUCUCCCUCACAAUAACAGAACAAAGAAAGAAAGAAAGAAAAAAAAAUCCCAACAAGAAAAUCAAAACAAACUCCCACCACUGUCAACAUAAUCAUCA